ACCUUCCGCUGGCGGUCGCUAAGCAACGGCGGCGGCAGCCAUGGCGGGCGCGGCGCUGGCCGGGGCCGCGCAGCUCUGGGCGCUGCUGGACGAGAUGGCGGAGAGCGAUCCCCAGGCCUACCGCCGGUUCCUGCGGCAGCAGCGCGCCGAGGCCGAGCGGUUUUGCGCCGCGCCGGAGCCUCACCUGUGCCUGCGGGCCCGGCCCGCGGACGUCGUCGGGGGGGCUCUGUUCAUCAACAUCUGCGGCUGGAAAAGGGUCCCGGCACCCAAAGCUCCCUCUGGCCCCACACCUGUCAGGGUGGGCCGGCUAGAAGAAGUGUCUGGCGAAGGAGACCUUUACAGAGUUAUAGACCUUGCAUACAACCCAGCUGUUCUGCAGAGGGCUGAGAACCCAGCAGAAAGGGAGCACCUGAUCCAUUUGACUCUUAAACUCAUCGAGGAGCAGUGCAGCUUUGUCCUUUCCCAUUCAUACACGGUGGAACCAUUCAGGUUAAAAGGAAGCCUGGACAUGAUGCAGCAACGCCUGGGAGGAAGGCAGAGGUCAGCUCCACAGCUCAGUCAGAACACAGAGCAGGGACUGACACUUGAGCAGCUGCUGCACGCUGUGGAAGCUGAGGACUGCAGCAAUUCCCCUGUGCUGCUGAAGGAAGAAAGUGUAACACAGUCCAGAAAGCAGCUGAUAGAGGAAAUCAGCAGCCCUGAAGUGAGAGAGAAGCCAAAUGUCCCUGUCCAUGAAAUCAUCACUGUGAGGGAUGCAGAGGAGAAACCACUCCAAAUACAACUCACAAUCCAUCUGCCCGAGGUUGGCUCUGUCUCUGAGUGUGACCUGAGCAUCUCAAAGGAUGAUCUCAUCAUUGAAGUGCCUGAGAAAUACAAAUUGCAGCUGGAUCUGCCAGAGCUGGUGGAUGAAGAAAGAGCCACAGCAGUAUUUAAGACAGGAACAGGGGUGCUGUUUGUCACACUGCCAGUUACCAGGACAGGUCCUUAAAGGCUGCAUUUCAUCCUCUUCAUGUUCACAGAUGACAGAAGAGAAGCCCAGGAAGAGAAUCUAACUUUUAGAUGGUGAUGAGUUGGGAGUUUAUUCUUCAGGUGUGAGUAUCUCAAAUGCCUUUAGAAGAUGCAUCCAGAGGAGGAAGGUUGAAGGAAUCCAACUUAGGAAAAACAAAUAAGUAAAGAAAUUAAAUGUUCAA